AUGACCAACUUCCUCUCCUCCGUUGCGGCACACGCAAAGGCCCACCACGAGAGCGUCAACGCUGCCUACAACACCUACUACACCGGCUCCUCCGCAACUACCCCAUCAGCCUCCACACAAACAUCCCGCAACUCUUCCAUGGCGGGUCCUUCUUCCUCCACUCAGCGCAACCCCACCAACGCCUCCAAGGCAUGGAAGGCUAUCAAGCAGCACCACCGCGAGAUGAACUCCGCCUUCGCCGUCUACUACAGCCCCGGCAACUCUCCCUCCGCAUCCCGCAGCUCAUCCCUCGCUUCCAGCCCCAGGCAGAGCGGCGAGGCACCCCGCAAGGGCGCUGCUACUGGAGAGAAGGAGAUGGCUGCUGAGCUUGGCCCAAGGAACUACCAGAAGGCGUGGAGGGCUCUCAAGAACAAGGUUGUUGAGCACCACAAGAGCGUUAGCAACGCUUACGAGCAGACCUACGGCAUCCACUAG